GGUUUGGCCUGCACUUGUGUUGCUUCUCUUCCCUUCCACUGUGGCUGCCGAAGAGUCAUCACUCCUGGAAGGCUGGCACGAUGUCUGGGUCUUCCGUUUCCUCGUCAACAUGCUGGGAUACUCCACCAUCAUCAUCCCUGGCUACCUCCUCAUUAGCUACUUCAAGCGCACCAAUUACUUAGAAACAGGUAGUGGGAUUUGCUUCCCUAUCAUAAAGACCUGUGUGUUUGGCAGUGAGGCCAAAACAGGCCUGUUGGAUGACGUGUCAGUUGCACCCAGGAACGAGGGUGAAUCGGGCUCGUCAGUCAGACAGAUUAUCAAAUUAAUCUUUUGUGCUGCUGGACUUCAGGUAUCGUACCUGACAUGGGGAGUCCUGCAGGAGAGGGUGAUGACGCGUUCGUACGGAGCGACAACUCCAGAAGACGAGGGCGAGAAAUUCAAGGACUCUCAGUUCUUGGUCUUCAUGAACCGUAUCCUGGCUCUGACCGUGUCAGGCCUGUGGUGCAUGCUGUUCAAGCAACCUCGCCACGGAGCACCCAUGUACAAGUACUCCUUCGCCUCGCUCUCCAACAUCCUGAGCAGCUGGUGCCAGUACGAGGCCCUCAAGUACAUCAGCUUUCCCACUCAAGUCCUGGCCAAGGCCUCCAAAGUCAUUCCUGUCAUGCUCAUGGGUAAAAUCGUCUCCCACAAGAGCUACGAAUACUGGGAGUACUUCACCGCAGUGCUUAUCUCAGUGGGUGUCAGCAUGUUCCUGCUGUCCAGCACUCCCAGCAAGCACCCGUCUACCGUCACCACCUUCAGCGGGAUCGUCAUCCUCAUCGGCUACAUCGUCUUCGACAGCUUCACCUCCAACUGGCAGGACAACCUGUUCAAGUACAAGAUGUCGUCAGUGCAGAUGAUGUUCGGGGUUAACCUGUUCUCCUGCCUCUUCACAGUCGGCUCGCUGCUGGAGCAGGGUGCCUUCUUCGACUCUCUGGCCUUCAUGACACGCCACUCCGAGUUUGCCUUUCAUGCCGUGUUGCUGUCCGUGUGCUCGGCAUGCGGCCAGCUCUUCAUCUUCUACACCAUCAGCCAGUUCGGUGCUGCGGUCUUCACCAUCAUCAUGACCCUGCGGCAGGCCAUUGCCAUUCUCCUCUCCUGUUUCCUCUACGGUCACGCCGUCACCAUAGUAGGUGGCUUUGGUGUCGCUGUAGUUUUCUUGGCACUUUUCCUACGGGUGUAUGCACGCAGCCGCAUGAAGUCAGGCCGGCGGCCAGCGCAGCCAAUCGGACAAAAGGUGUAACACUCAGAAGUCGCACCAACCUGGGAACUGAGACCACGUUUUCUGUGGUGCUUUUUGUCUAUUUGUGUAACUGUUUGUUUUGUUUGUUUUCAUUUUUACGGUUGCUUUCCAUUUGUUUUUUAUUUUGUCAGCAAUGGUACAGAAAGGGAUUCUGCAGUUUUGACUCUUACACCAAGAUGCCCCUAAGGGGUCCAUGUGAUUUGUCAGGUGAGCAGUCACAGAAGUUUUGAGUGCCUGUAAGAUUGUCUAAUACACGAGUCCCAAACCAUAAACCGUGCAAACUGCCUCCUCACCUCAUUCACAGUUUAGCAGUAGAAUAUUGUUUUCCUAAACCGUGGCUUGUGCAGCCAAUGAACGGUUACUGUGACCAUGAAAAAUGUAUGUGAGCUGUAUGGCUAAGCAUUAAUUUACGAGCAUUAAUGACAUUGCCCCUUACUUAACCUAACCCAAAUAUUUGAACAAGACUGUCAGCUUCUGUAAAGACUUUCUGUCGGUUGAGGUAUCUUUCAGUCACAAUAGCCAGAUGCUUAUCUCACAGUCCUCCAUGUUGGAGAGCAGGGGCCUUUUUCUGUGUCUUAAUGUGGGAUUUUAUCUUGUAAAGCUGUAACCAUAGCCUGAACACAUGGUGAAUAUGUUACUGUUAUUAUUGUUAACAUGUUUCAGAGGCUACGGUCUGUAAUGGAGGGUGGUAAAACUAUGGUUUGAAUAAUAAAGAGCGCAUUACUUACAAAUUGUACAAUUUACAGCCACUGAAGCAGAUGCUGAUGUUGGUAUUUUUUGCACCGCAUUAUUUUAAAUAUUUGUUUUAGCUGUCUCCACACAGAUUUUACUUAAUAUUUUAAAAUUGGUCUAAAAACCUUGUAAAUAUAUCAAUUAUAUCAUUGUUUUUUUUUUUCCAACCAACGUGUCUGUUGUGUACUUUUGUAAAAGGACUGCUUCAUGUAUUUUACUGGUACAUGUGAAUGUUUGAAAGAAUACUGAAUGGAUGAUGAUGGUCAUUGCCAUCAUAAGGAUGUGAAAAUACUGUUGCAGAACAGAAUGCAUACAAGGGAAAUGCAGUGUUACUGGUACCUUGUUUUUAUCAUUCUACUAUUUCUUCUGGUUACUGGAUUAAUAAUAAAACAUAUUAAAUUAACUUAAAA